AUGGCCAAAUUAACGUCUGCAUUUGCUGAAACUCACCAUACUAGGCAGAAGAGGUUUGUUGUUUAUGGCCUAGCCGUUUUCUUCGUCGACGCGAGUUCCCGCGAAAAUGCAUCAGCAAGUUAUUGUGAGAUCGCGAAGACUGGGGGCAAUGAACCUAACGAAAAGGCUGCCAAAAACUGGCUUGCCACGCGUCAGGCUCCAUGGCUUUUGAUCAUUGACAAUGCAGACGAUAACGAGGUUCCGCUUGAUGAAAUACUCCCCACAGGAAACACUGGAUGUGUCCUAAUUACAUCUCGGAAUCCUGCACACAAAUCCUACGACACCGUCGGUGAGAAAUAUUUGGAGUUAUUCCAAAUGGACACGGAGGAAGCAAACGAGCUCAUCCUUAGAACGGCCGAGGAACCAGCCCCAUGGGCAGUAUCGCUAAUGAACAUCGCCCGCGAUAUCUGCAAGGCUCUUGGAUUCUUUCCAUUAGCUUUAGUCUACGCCGGGAAGACUAUUUCUCAUAAAAUUUGUUCUUGGAGCGAAUAUCUUGAUUUCUAUGACCAUCAUGUGCGUCGGAUUCAGCGAGGACACCAACUACAACGCAACAGGAGUUCUUCCGGAGAUAAACCCCGGGCCCAAAAACAUGAUGACUACAUGAACGUAUUUUCUACUUACGAGAUAAUAUAUCGAUCCCUUGAAUCGUCUAAAACCGAGACAUUCCAAGAUGCGGUCGAAUUACUCCAGCUAUUUUCCUACUUCCAUCACCAAAAUAUUCGGAUAAAUAUAUUAAUUUCCGCGGCUAUCAACCCAAUAAAGGAGAAACAUGCACAAGAAGAAAAGGUAAAGUCAGAGGAGCAAAUCCGAAAGAGGAUGCCGAAUUUUGCAAGAAAAAAGACCUGGUCUACAUGGCUGCGAGAGUUAUUAAUUCAAGUUUCCAGAAGUUUAAACAGCCCACCCGCACUCCCAGCAGCCUUGAAGAACAUCAACAGUCUCAACGCAUCUAAAUACGAGAAUGAAGUAAAAGAUCGUCUUCGCCUUGCUUUGCAUGCUUUGACCGAGAAGUCGCUCAUAAUGAGGAAGAAAGGGGACAAGGAACAAUUCUCCAUGCAUCCAGUCGUCCAUAAGUGGAUAAGAGAACGACCUGAAAUGGCUACGUCUGAACAAGCACUCUGGUGUCAAGUCGCAUCGACAGUCUUAGCGAGAAGUAUUCUCUUUCCGCCCUUAGGGGACACGGAGACGGAGCGGGGCAUGCGACGAGAGCUUUUACCGCAUAUCAUUCACGUUCGUGGCUGUCAAGGAGAUAUCAAAGAACGACUGGAAGAAAAUAGGAGGACUAGGAAGUACUCAGCUUGGCCUGCAAUCUCUACGGGAUUUGGGAGACUCGAAGCACUUGAAUCAGCUCGUUUUGGUCAAGUAUAUUCGGAAUGCGGCCUUUUUCAGGAAGCUUUACGGCUACAGAAUAAGGUACGCGACUUCGCCAUCCGAAUGUUAGGCGAAGGCCACCCAAUCUCAAUUAAAAUCACCCUCCUUCUUGCAGGCACACUUUACGAACUCGCCCGAGCAUCAGAAUCAACGAGAUUGCAACGGCGGAUAUACGAUGUCUGUACAGAGUCGCUAGGCCAGUAUGACCCUCUAACGCUGAAGGUAACGGAUAUGCUAGCUUCGAGCCUUUGUUUCAUGGGCCAAUUCAGCGCGUCCCUUUCUCUCCACCAAAAGGCAGUAGAUGGUUUAACGAAAAUCUAUGGUGAGCAACACAUAGAAACACUUAAGGCUAUCCACAAUGCAUCUCGCGUUCACCUUCGAUAUAUGGACUUCGAGAAGUCUUCCGAACUUAAUCAUACAGCUUGGGAAGGGAUGAAAAAGCAGUUGGGCGAGACGCAUCCCGAGACGCUCAUCUGCCUCGAAGAUUUAGCUAUGAGCCGUAUCCGUUUGGGGGAAAGGUACCUAACAGAGUGCCAUGAUAUGAUGACAUUCGUUUGCGAGCAGAGAAAAGAAGCUCUGGGUAAAGAACAGCCAUAUACACUACUUGCCAUCUGCAAUUUAGGCCGUGUAAAAUCCGCAAUGGGACAGCAUAGAGAAGCAGCGGAUGACAUGAAAAAAGCAGUCAUUGUCGCAGAACGAAACCUCGGCGAGAAUCAUUUCGGGGUUCUCGCGGGAAAAACUCACUAUGCCCAGGUGCUAGUCCAUCUUAAGUGCUACAAAGAGGCCGAGGAGAUUUUCUACACGAUUACUCGCAAGCCGCAGUAUCAAAAGUCAACUGACGAUGAAGGCGGGGAACACCUAGAUCGACUCAUUGCCCUAUGGUAUUUAACAGGGUGUCUGGAGAAACAGGGAAAGUUUUAAGAGGCAUUGAAAACUUGUGAAGAGGUGAUGCGAUCUUUGAAUGAAAUAGGGGUAAAGGAUUGGGUACGAAACAUAAGCUUGCUACGAUGGUGCAGGAAGAGCUCGCGAAGAUUAAGGAGCUAAUACAGGGCGAAAAGAAGUUAGCACCAUCCGACCCAAGCGUCCCUGCAGAGCUCUGAAUAACGAUGCGAUAUUAUU